AUGGCGAGCCAAAAGUUCCUUUUCGCUUCGCUUCUCGUCCUGCUGGCCGUUCUUCUCAGCAUCUCCGACUUUCCUUCUGCUCACGGUGCACGAGCUCCCUUCAGGGGCGUUGCAUCCCCCGCUACAGUCACACAGAGGAGGGUGCUUCACAGCUCGUCCAAGACAUGCACGGACAAGUACGAGUCGAAGCUGCAGAGGUGCCAGGACAAGGAGACGCAGUGCAUAGACCGCGCGCGCGACUGGCGGCACGAGCAGAAAUGCACAGAGAAGCGCGGCGAGUGCGAGUGGGAUGCGAACGAUGCUUUCAACGAGUGCCAGGAGGAGUGCGUUGAGAAGUGUGAUGAGCAGCUGAACGAGUGCUAUGAUGACCACGACAACCAUCACGACAGCCGCAAGUGCGACAGGAAGGACCAGAAGUGCCGUGAUAAGUGCAACUAA